CUAAAGCUUUUAACUCCACACACUCCGGCGAAACGUCUGUAGCCACAGAACAGAAGUCUAGUGGUUGUUUCUUUUCUUUUAUUUAAACUUUUCUUUUAUUUAAACUUUUAUUUUGAAAUGGCUGAAAGGAGUUCGGAUAAAAAGACCCAAAACCGUCCGAACUCCACCAGGAGGUCCAAGAAAGUUGAACCAAGGCCGCUGGUCAAAUCUGCCUCUAGUCCAAGAAAAACUCACACAGAUGACCUUUUUGCUAAGGAAGAACAGUACAAAGUCAUGAACGCAGAGCUGGAAGCCAAAACAGCCGAAGUAGUAAGACAAGCGGAGCAGCUUAUGAAAGGUCAAAAAGAAGUUUUGUCGCAGUCCUUAUCCAAAGUCCUGCUCUCAGACUCUGAAGAUGAAAACUUCUCCAGCCACAGAAUAAAAAAGUUUCAGCAAAGCGUUCUGCAGAACCCCAGAGUUAAGACGGUGACUCAAAAGAAGGUUACCUCAACAACACAAAAGUCAUCUGGUGGAAAACCAACAAAGACUCCUCACAACAAAAUAGAAAGCUCUUGUGCAGACGAUUGUGCGGUUUUAGAAGACGAGGCAGAUUUUUUCCUGGCAAAGACAAUUCAGAGCCUGGAGGAGAAAAUGGACGAGCCUGUAGUCCAGGGCCAUGUCGUGGAGGAGGAGUCCACUGUUGAAGACGAUGUUGGAACAGGAGUUUCCAAUGCUCAAAUGCGAGUUCUCAAUGCAAAACUUCGAAUUAUGCAAGAAGAGCUUGGUCAACUUUCAUCUGAAUAUUAUAAGAAGGAUGAUGAAAACUUAAAGCUGAAGGCAAAAAUAAAAGAGCUGGAAGAGGAUCAAGCCCGGCUGCAGAGGACCACAAACAUCCAGCAAAUGCAGACUGAGAAGCAMAAARCUUUAGCUGAGGAGUCAGCUAAAAACUGUGAAGGACUUCAGCUGCAAGUUUCUGCUUUGCUAAAGGAAAUUGAAAACAUGAAAAGAUCCCAAAAACAAGCAGCAGCUCUCCAUGGCAGCGUGGAGGUUCGCUUGAACAGAGCUCUGGAGGAAGUGGAGAAGUUAAAGUCACAACUGGACAAAACAAAACAGAUGAACAAGGACAAAAUAAGCGAAGAGCAUCAAAGCAAAGAAAAUCUACUCGCUGAGAACAAAAUGCUCAAGAAACAAAAAGCAGAGCUUGUCGUGGGUUUUAAGAAACAGCUCAAGCUGAUCGACAUUCUCAAAAGACAAAAGAUGCACUUUGAAGCUGCCAAGCUGCUGUCCUUCACAGAAGAAGAGUUCCUGAAGGCUCUGGACUGGAGCAAGUCAUGACGCUUUWUGAAGUCAGACAGCUUCUUUCUGAAGAUAAGUUUGUGUCACUUGAUGAUCUAAUUGUUCAAAUGAACAUGAUGUCGAAACCGUUCAAAUAAAAACAUAUCUUCAAAUAUA